AGCAGGGUUAAGGAUAAGGGUUGUCUUAAGGACCACAUAGGGUUGUCACCAUCACAGAGUCUUAAGGACUGAAGGAUCGGUCAAGCCUUAGAACAGUGUCUGGAGCGGAAGCCUCGCUGUGUAACUGCCAGAUAUUAGUAUUGUUAUGCAGCAGCCCCAGGUCUCGGCCAUCCACUUCCCUGACCCCUGCAAAUACACACGCGCUCGAGCACUCGGUCAGAGCCCGGGGUGGCCUCUAGGCUCCUUCGCGUCUCUAUAUGUCACCUAUCCCGGUUGGUGACAUGUGGCCAACAUCUGAUCUGUCCCUGGCCUGUGUGGACAGGCCUGGAAAAGGGAGGCUGCACAGAACACGCAGCAUUCACUCCUUAUUAGCACUCUGUGAGGUAGGCAACAUCACACCCAUUCUACAGGCAAGGAAAUAGGCUCGGAGGCGUUGGGAAAACGAUCAAGGCUGGGCAAUGGCAAAGCUUCGCAUUCAAACCUGUCAGGGCCUCAACCACAUGCCAGACUGACAACUUUGGGUUUGGGCAGCCCAGGCUGGGGAUGAGGGGGUGGGGAGGAAGCGGGAGGGAACAGGAAGGAUGAGACCCCAAAGGAACCCUCCUUCUCAAGCCACACCACAUGCAUGUGGAACAGGUCGCUGAGGGUCUCGGGGCCGGACCCAGUCCGGUGCUUGGGGCACGUGGGGCUGAGGGGCGUGGGGAAAGUGAGACAGCUGUGAGAAGGAUGGGUCUAGCAGCACCCGUCGGCCCUGGGACGGCUUAUGGCCACAAGCGGGCGCCCCGGAGCACGGCCCGGCCCGCGCCCUCCGGCGGGCCACAUCCCUGCUUCCCCGCCCCGGGCCCCAGUCGCCGCCUGCACUCGCCCGCCUCCUAUUUGCGAGAGCCCACGCAGCUCCCCAGGUGCUUCACCAGCACAGCAGGAGGUAUGGCGGGCGUGGAGCAGCACGAGGGCACCAUCCAGGUGCAGGGCCAGAGCCUCUUUUUCCGAGGGGUUCACCCGAGCAGUGGGCAGGCCACCCGCUUCUCCGUGCUGCUGUUGCAUGGCAUACGCUUCUCCUCCGAGACCUGGCAGAACCUGGGCACGCUGCACAGGAUGGCCCAGGCUGGCUACCGGGCUGUGGCCAUUGACCUUCCAGGUCUGGGGCGAUCCAAGGAAGCAACAGCCCCUGCCCCUAUUGGGGAGCUGGUCCCCAGCAGCUUUCUGGCAGCUGUGGUGGAUGCCUUGGAUAUGGGCCCCCCAGUCGUGAUCAGCCCAUCGUUGAGUGGCAUGUACUCCCUGCCCUUCCUCGUGGCCCCAGGCUCCCAGAUCCGGGGCUAUGUGCCAGUGGCCCCCAUCUGCACUGACAAAAUCAAUGCUGCCGACUAUGCCAGAGUGAAGACCUCAGUUCUUAUCGUAUAUGGAGACCAGGACCCCAUGGGUCAGACCAGCUUUGAGCACCUGAAGCAGCUGCCCAACCACCGGGUGGUGGUCAUGGAGGGGGCGGGGCACCCCUGUUACCUUGACAAACCCGAGGAGUGGCAUACAGGGCUGCUGGAUUUCCUGCAGGAGCUAGCAUGAGGCGCAGCCCUGCUGAUGGGGGUGGGCCACUUGCCUGCCUUGGGCUCUCUCUCACUCAUUCUCUCUCCUUCCCUCCGUGGGCUCCUGCUCAUCCUGCACAUCCAACAGGUGUGUCUUUCUAUCUGAGCUCUUUUAGGGUCUGUCUUUUCCUCUUCUUUCUUUUGCAGUGAGUGACUGAAGAGGUGAAAUCAAGGGAAAAAAAUUCAGGAGUCAAGGGACAUAAUGUGGUGGAGGGUAAUCCAUUAGAAUGAGCUUCGCCUAUAGGCUUUCCUGCUCGGCUUGCAUUCCUUCCUCUGCUCUGCCCAGCCUCCCCCCACCUCCCACCUCUCCUUUGGCUGCUCUGCUGGGCACAAACACCCCCUACCUUCACCUCUUAGGCCACAAAUACAUACAUGCCCACAUGCAUGCAUACACAUUACAGUCAUCUACGUUCCAAAAUAAGAUCCUUCACUUGGGGGCAACCACACAGGUACAUGCAACUCUGGGCUGAUACGGACACUCUCACAGCAGCUUUGCAUUGCAUGCACAGGCACACACGCAUAUUCUGUCCCCACACAAGCACUUGCACAGGCACAUGCUGCCCUCCCCAAUCAUUCAGCACCCCAUGGCUGGGAAGGUGGGGACACCAUGAGGCCAGCCCUUGCAGGAGACCCUCUACCAGGCUUAGGGUGUGGCCAGCUCUGAACUUCACUCACCCACAGG